UGCGUGCAUGUGUAAUUGUGUGUUUAUCACCUCAGUGAUACAGGCACAGAAUGUCUGCUGUGUCUGUUUGAGUGUUUAAUGUGAGUGUGUGUGUGUGUGUCUCUCUCUCUUGGCUGAGCGGCGCAAAAACGUAAGCGAAUACGUCCCUUGCAGAGCCGCAGGGAUUUAGGGAAGAGAAAAAGAGAAAAAAAGGGGGAUGGAGGGAGAGGAGAAGAGAACGGGCGUGCGGAGCGGUCGCCUCACGGCUCUGCAGGAACAGCUUGUCUGGUCCCUGCUGAGUUCGGGUCUCUCACGGGAAGUCCUGAUCCAGGCCAUGGAAGAACUGGAGCGGGAACGGGCCGGGGCCGGGGCCGGGGCGGAGAGGGUCGACAAAGGGGACGGAGAGAGCUCGGAAGAAGGAGAGAUGGAUUUUCCACCCCCCAUAUUCCGGGAGCUGGAGAGACUCCCUCCGGAGGAGGUGGCCAGGCAGAGAGCUGAAGUGGAACAACUGCUACAGGAGGAUCCCUGGCACGUGGCUAAGCUGAUAAAAAGCUACAUGCAGCAGCACAAUUUGCCUCAGAGAGAGGUGGUAGAGUCCACCGGCCUAAACCAAUCACAUCUCUCGCAGCAUCUCAACAAGGGCACGCCCAUGAAGAACCAGAAACGCGCCGCUCUCUACAGCUGGUUUGUCAAGAAACAGGGAGAGAUUAGCCAGCAGUUUACAAAUGCGAGUCGUGGCAUGGUGGCAGGGGAGGAGCUAGGAGAAGAUGGCAGAAAGGGGCGGAGAAACCGCUUUAAAUGGGGCCCCGCCUCCCAGCAGAUCCUCUACCAGGCAUAUGAACGCCAGAAGAACCCGAGCAAGGAGGAGAGAGAGGGCCUGGUGGAGGAGUGUAACAGAGCGGAGUGUCUGCAAAGGGGCGUGUCCCCAUCCCAGCUGGCUGGUCUGGGCUCCAAUCUGGUGACGGAGGUGCGGGUGUAUAACUGGUUUGCCAACAGGCGUAAGGAGGAGGCUUUCCGCCACAAACUAGCCAUGGACACACCUUACAAUACCCAGUCAUCAGCGUCAACAGGCCAGACGCUUUCAUCCAGUCCUAAUCAAGGACUGAAGUUUGGCCAGCAGGGGGCAGGCUGUGAGGGCCUGGGGUCUGUGAGGAGCGGCAGCGGAGACAGGAACACGGCGGGGGGGCGUUUGGUGGCCAGCCCCGAACAGCUCGAGCCAAGUCACACCCUACUGGACCCCCAUCACCACAAACCAGCGUCAGGGGGUGGUUCUCUCCCACCGGUCAGUACUCUGACCUCUCUGCACGGGGUCUCAUCACCGUCAGCCCCCACUCAGGGCCUCAUUAUGGCUUCCCUCCCCAGUGUCAUGAGCCUAGGAGACUCUUCUCUUCUCAUAGGCCUGACAUCCACUCAACCCCAGACCGUUCCCGUCAUAAACAACGUAGGGGGCGGGUUUACCACCCUUCAGCCAAUCUCCUUCCAGCAGCAGCUCCACACGUCACCCCCCCAGCCAAUUGCGCAGCAGUUCCCCAGCCACAUUGGGCCGAGCUCGUUCAUGGCGACCAUGGCUCAGCUUCCCUGCCACAUGUACAGUAAAGAUCUGACGUCGUACCCUUCCUCCAGUCUCCUGUCCCAGGCCAUGGUCAUCACCGACAGCAACAGCAUCGGCACUCUCACCAGCCUCACCACCGUCCGACAGAUUCUGACGGCAGACCCCGAGGAUCACACAGACACGCCCAUCCAGGAAGACCCCCUCCACUUACAGCCCAGUUCUCCUGUACCAGAAUCUUCAGGCAGUCUGGAACUCUACCCAACCUCUCAGUCCAGCGAAUCCCACCCGCCCUCACACCUACUUUCCUCCUCACCAGGGGACAUCGACCCCUACGUCCCAGCACAGUUGGUCUCUACCACUCAGUAGCAAAUGCAUAGGGAGGAACCACGCAUGAAAUGGGAGGGGGGGUUUAAGACUGUAAAGAAAAUACUAUAAAAUUGUAGCAGUGAAGUGAUCAAGAGGGAACUGCGGUUUGAAAAGUCGUCAAAGACCAAAAUUUCCGACGACCCCCCCCAAAAAAAGGAAAUCUUUCACCGCGAACUCUUGACAAACCAGAAAUUUGUUAAUUUUGAAACGUGCAAAAAAAAAAAAAAAAAAUGCAGGACUGCCUCAUUGCCAGAUGCUGCCUAAAAAAAUCUUCAAGAAGCUGCAGGGAUUGAAUCCAAAGUCUCACACUGACUCAUGACUCACUGCCUUGUGAGAAAUUUCCAGAAGCUCAUGUUACAGGGUGAACGGGGAUGCCCCCUGGAUUCCGACCCAGAUCAAGCCGCAUUUAACGGACAUCGGACCCAUACAAAAGAACAGCUGUUUAACCUUUUCUACAGCCGUGGCUAUUUCCAUAGCAACACGCGGUGCGUCUCAAAAUAUGACACGAUACAAGGUCAUUAACAUGGCAGGAGAGAACAUGAAUGUGCGCCGUAAGUGCCGUGCCAUUUUCUCAACCUUUUUUCUUUCUUUCUUUCUUUUUUUUUUUUUUUAAACUCUACUUUCGGACACCUGGUCUAACAAACUGCCUCAAAACUGUGGAUAAGGAGAUAAGAUCAAGUGUGCACUGUGAAAUCGAAACAAUAAAAUCAGUUCUGUUUUA